CGUCAAAAUCGCCAGCCAAUCACGAAAGACGUCAAAAUUAAUCGUGAAUCGGCAUUUUUGUCUCGCCAAAAAAUUAAUUUUCAAGUAAAUUUCACGAAAAACCAGCAAGAAAUUAAUUAAAAAUCCCGCAAAAUGGCAUCAGAGAGAUACAGUUUCUCGCUCACAACGUUCAGCCCGUCGGGAAAACUCGUGCAAAUCGAGUACGCGUUGCAGGCGGUGAGUGCCGGAGCCACAUCCGUCGGUAUCAAGGCGAAAAAUGGAGUUGUUUUAGCCACAGAGAACAAGCAAAAGUCCAUUUUGUACGAGGAGCACAGUGUGCAUCGCGUCGAAAUGAUUACGGAUCACAUCGGGAUGAUUUACAGCGGCAUGGGACCCGAUUAUCGUCUUCUCGUACGUCAAGCACGCAAAAUGGCCCAAAAUUACUACUUGACGUAUCGCGAGCCCAUUCCGACGUCGCAGCUCGUGCAACGUGUGGCUACGGUGAUGCAAGAAUACACGCAGUCGGGAGGCGUUCGACCUUUCGGCGUGUCACUUUUGAUCUGCGGCUGGGACAACGAUCGCCCGUAUUUGUUCCAAUGCGAUCCCUCGGGUGCAUAUUUCGCCUGGAAGGCAACGGCAAUGGGCAAAAAUUCGAUCAAUGGCAAGACUUUCUUGGAAAAACGCUACAGCGAAGACUUGGAGCUGGACGAUGCGGUGCACACGGCAAUUUUGACACUCAAGGAGGGCUUCGAGGGACAAAUGACGGAGCACAAUAUCGAAAUUGGCAUUUGUGAUAAGCAGGGAUUCCGUCGUCUCGAUCCGUCGGUCAUCAAGGAUUACUUGGCGAACAUUGUCUAAACAUUAAUUUUGCUUUUUUUGUCACUUGAAGUGUGAAUAAAAUUCUUUUUUCGAUAAAUUUAACAA